AUUAUAAAAAAUCACAAAAAUGUUGGGACAUAUUUAUGAUUUUUGGGCAUUUUAAAAAAAUGAGUCUAAAAGAUAAAAUAUAGGUGCAGAAUAGAAGAUUGGAAUAAGCUUUUAUUAUGAUCCAAACAAGAAGCCAAGAGGUUCACUCAAAAUCAGAAGAAAGCAGCAUUUCACAGAAACAAGAAUGGCUGCAACUGCAGUUUCAGCAGCCCCUAUUUUCGUCAGCAGAGUGAAGGAAACUAAGGGCCGCCAAUUCUACCAUCUGGGCUGGGUUUCAGGUGUGUGUGGGUCUGUGUUGCCGUGGCCGCAUAAGUCUCCCUACUUCCUCAGCCUUAAGGGUCCAAUUCGAAUUUCACAGAGAGUUGUAAGUGGACAUCGAAAUACUCAAGUGAGUGCUAAGGCCGGGAGUUCAAGUAAUGGCAUCAAACCAGCAAGACGAUGUAUUGUUCUGGACAUUGAAGGAACGACUACCCCUAUAUCAUUUGUUACGGAUGUUCUGUUUCCAUAUGCACGUGACAAUGUGCGGAAGCAUCUAGAGCUGACAUAUGAUACUGCAGAAACUCAAGACGACAUUGAGUCACUACGAGCUCAAGUGAAAGAAGAUCUUGAAAAGGAUGUUGUUGGGGCUGUUCCUAUCCCCACGGAUGGAGACAGAGAGGAGGUAAUUACAAGUUUAGUUGCUAACGUGGAGGCUAUGAUAAAAGCUGAUAGGAAAAUUACUUCAUUGAAGCAAUUGCAGGGCCAUAUAUGGCGAGGAGGGUUUGACAGUAAUGAGAUAGAGGCAGUCGUAUAUGAUGACGUACCUGAAGCUCUGGAAAAGUGGCAAGCUAUGGGACUUAAGGUAUACAUAUAUUCGAGUGGUAGCAGAUUGGCACAAAGGCUCAUUUUUGGCAAUACAAACUUUGGUGACCUAAGAAAUUACUUGUGUGGAUUUUUUGAUACUAGUAUUGGGAACAAAAAAGAAACAAAAAGCUACAUAGAAAUCAGGGAGUAUCUUGGAGUAGAUGAUCCAUCGGCAAUUUUAUUUAUCACUGAUGUAUAUCAAGAAGCUGCAGCUGCAAAAGCAGCAGGUUUGGAUGUGAUGAUAUCUAUCCGACCAGGAAACGGACCGCUACCACACAAUCAUGGUUUUCAGACCAUUAAUUCCUUCUCUCAAAUUUAACUCAACUCUUAAUAUGUUGUAAGCCCGAACAAAAUUCUUCAUACAUUUCUUAUAAGGUUUUCAAUGUGUUUCGUAUGGAAUUUUUUGGCGAAUAAUUUCGAAAUCAGUUUUUGUUUA